GUUUUCUCAGGCACUCGCUGGCCUUAUAAAAGUGCUCUUUCCCUAGUGGCUGCCAGUUGCUGGUGGACAUCCAAGAUGAGGACCCUCCUGGUGGUGUUGCUGCUGGCUGUUGUGUGUGCUUCUCUGGCCCGGGCCCUGCACUGCCAUGUGUGCUGUGGGCACGAGAACUGCGAGUCUCUCGUGGAGUGCGCCUUGACGGACAAGUUCUGUGUGAUCACUCGGGCCACCAGCCCUGGUGGCAUCCUGGUCAUGAAGUCCUGCUCGCCAGCCUGCCCCAACAGCACUGUGUCUUCCGAUGGUCGUGCCCUCUCUGUCUUCUGCUGUGAGGGCAGCCAGUGCAACCGCAGCGCUGCCUCAGGACUGACCAGCAGCCUUGGGGCCCUAUGGGCCAGUGCCUCUAUCAGUCUACUGUGGGCGCUGCUUCGAGCUGCCUGGUGAGGGCCUGGGUGGCCUUUCUCUAUUGCCAGGGGUCUAUUUGCAGCCUCAUUAGCAUACUACACCCACCCAACCAGGCUGUUAAUCUCUUUUCCCAUUCUCCCCAAGACACACUCAGUCUUCCUGUCUCUCUCAGGAAGGAAGCAGCAGCACCUGCCCCCAAAAGUUCCAGCUCUCCUCCUGUCUCAGGGAAUCCUCCAAAAGGGCACAAGAACACACCUUACCAAGAACCCCCACUUCUAUGAGACUUCAGCCCUUUGCUGAGUCCUGG